AACAAAAUGGAAAACAGCCCCUUUCCCUAAGAGCUAAGGUCCAGUCUGCCUUCAGAGGACUCACAAAUUAGCUACAAAAUUAGAAAUUACAGUUUAGGGCUCCUGCAGGAGUAUGUCACUGUUGUAAAACUAAGAUCGAUGCUUGAGAUGUUUUGCAGAGCCUGCAUUUGGCGGAUAAGCUGACACCACCUAGACUGGCCAUCUGGCUCAACCAGUUCUGCCAUCCCAUCCAGGAACAGAAAACAACAAGAAAAACUCACUUCAGGCCGGGGUGCAGUGGCUCAUGCCUGUAAUCCUAGCACUUUGGGAGGCCGAGGCAGGCGGAUCACAAGGUCAGGAGAUAGAGACCAGCCUGGCUAACAUGGUGAAACCCCGUCUCUACUAAAAAUACAAAAACUUAGCCAGGUGUGGUGGCGGGUGCCUGUAAUCCCAGCUACUCGGGAGGCUGAGGUAGGAGAAUCGCAUGAACCCGGGAGGCGGAGAUUGCAGUGAGCCGAGAUUGCACCAUUGCACUCCAGCCUGGGAGAGAGUGCAAAACUCCAUCUAAAAAGAAAAGAAAAGAAAAAUGCUUAAGGUGCUUUGUGAGGGUCUGAUAUACAAUUGAAUGGAUCUGGCCCUAAGCGCGGAGUGAGCCGUGAGAUACGAGCCAUUAUAUCGCGUUGUGCAUCUGGUCAGCCAUCUGGUUGAACUCUUGGGAAUUUAAAGUUCUCCACAUUGAUGAUGAAACUCAGAAACAAGGUGUGAGCCAUUGACAAGAAGAAGUAUAACAGUGCCAGUUCCAGCAGCCUUGGUGAACCGUCUGGUUGAGCUCUUGGGAAGAUAAACUUCUCUACAUCAAUGUCAAAAGGAAGAUAUGGGCCUUUGACAAGAAGAUGCACCGUGGUGCCAGUUCCAGCAGCCUGGGUGAGCCAUCUGGUUGAGCUCUUGGGAAGAUAAACUUCUCUACAUCAAUGUCAACAAGAAGAUAUGAGCCUUUGACAAAAAGAUCCACCAUAAUGCCCAGUUCCAGCAGCCUGGGUGAACCAUCUGGUUGAAUUCUUGGGAAGAUAAACUUCUUUACAUUGAUGUCAACAACAGGGCAUGACUCAUUAAAGACAAAAAGGCCCAUUAUUGUGCCCACUUCCAGCAGCCUUGGUGAGUCAUCUGAUUUGGCUCUUGGAAAGACAAACUUCUCUACAUGAAUGGUGAAAGUCAGAAACAGGGUAUGAGCCAUUGACAAGCAGACCCACUAUAGUUUGCAGUUUGGGCCUUGGUAAGCCAUCUGGUUGAACUCUUGGAAAGUUAAAUUUCUCUACAUCGAUGUCAGCAACAAAGUAUGAGCCAUUCACAAGAAGAUCCACCAUGGUGGCCAGUUCCAGCAGCCUUCGUGAGCCACCUGCUUGAGCUCUUGGGAAGAUAACCUUCUCUACAUCAAUUCUGGAGAGAGGCAGCAUGCUACAGUUUGGUUUACAGCAGGAAAAUCCGUGGAGACAGCAGAUCCGAGAAGCGGCGAUGUUUGCGUAGAACCCUGUACGUGCUUCCUUCGGCCUGUCGCUCUUCCCUUCUCUCUGACCAGCACCAUGCUUCUCCUGGUGACAAGCCUUCUGCUCUGUGAGUUACCACACCCAGCAUUCCUCCUGAUCCCAGGGAAAUCGGAUCUGCGAACAGUGGUACCAGCCUCUAGUCUCAAUGUGAGGUUUGACUCCAGGACGAUGAAUUUAAGCUGGGACUGCCAAGAAAACACAACCUUCAGCAGGUGUUUCUUAACUGACAGGAAGAACAGAGUCGUGGAACCCAGGCUCAGUAACAACGAAUGUUCGUGCACAUUUCGUGAAAUCUGUCUGCAUGGAGGAGUCACAUUUGAGGUUCACGUGAAUACUAGUCAAAGAGGAUUUCGACAGAAACUGCUUUAUCCAAAUUCAGGAAGGGAGGGUACUGCUGCUCAGAAUUUCUCCUGUUUCAUCUACAAUGCGGAUUUAAUGAACUGCACCUGGGCGAGGGGUCCGGCGGCCCCCCGUGACGUCCAGUAUUUUUUGUACAUACAAAACUCAAAGAGAAGGAGGGAGAUCCGGUGUCCUUAUUACAUACAAGACUCAGGAACCCAUGUGGGAUGUCACCUGGAUAACCUGUCAGGAUUAACGUCUCGCAAUUACUUUCUGGUUAACGGAACCAGCCGAGAAAUUGGCAUCCAAUUCUUUGAUUCACUUUUGGACACAAAGAAAAUAGAACGAUUCAACCCUCCCAGCAAUGUCACCGUACGUUGCAACACGACGCACUGCCUCGUACGGUGGAAACAGCCCAGGACCUAUCAGAAGCUGUCAUACCUGGACUUUCAGUACCAGCUGGACGUCCACAGAAAGAAUACCCAGCCUGGCACGGAAAACCUGCUGAUUAAUGUUUCUGGUGAUUUGGAAAAUAGAUACAACUUUCCAAGCUCUGAGCCCAGAGCAAAACACAGUGUGAAGAUCAGAGCUGCAGACGUCCGCAUCUUGAAUUGGAGCUCCUGGAGUGAAGCCAUUGAAUUUGGUUCUGACGACGGGAACCUCGGCUCUGUGUACAUUUACGUGCUCCUGAUCGUGGGAACCCUUGUCUGUGGCAUCAUCCUCGGCUUCCUCUUUAAAAGGUUCCUUAGGAUACAGCGGCUGUUCCCGCCAGUUCCACAGAUCAAAGACAAACUGAAUGAUAACCAUGAGGUGGAAGACGAGAUCAUCUGGGAGGAAUUCACCCCAGAGGAAGGUAAAGGCUACCGCGAAGAGGUCUUGACCGUGAAGGAAAUUACCUGAGACCCAGAGGGUGUAGGAAUGGCAUGGACAUCUCCGCCUCUGCGACAGUGAGGAACUGUUUUCUUGAUGAUGCUGUGAACCUUUAUAUCAUUUUCUAUGUUUUUAUUUAAAAACAUGACAUUUGGGGCUGGGCGCGGUGGCUCACGCCUGUAAUCCCAGCACUUUGGGAGGCCAAGGCAGGCAGAUCACCUGAGGUCAGGAGUUCAAGACCAGCCUGCCCAACAUGGUGAAACCCCAUCUGGACUAAAAAUGCAGAAAUUUACCCAGGCGCGGCGGCGGACGCCCAUCAUCCCAGCUACUUGGGAGGCUGAGGCGGGAGAAUUGCUUGAACCCGUGAGGCGGAGGUUGUAGUGAGCCGAGAUCGCGCCAUUGCACACCAACCUGGGUGACAGAGCAAGAUUGCAUCUCAAAACAAACAAUAAUAAUAAAUGAUAAAAACCUGAUGUUUGGCUGGGCGCCGUGGCUCAUGCCUGUAAUCCUAACACUUUGGAGGAUUGCUGGAGACAGGGGUUUAAGACCAGUCUGGGCAACAUAGCAAGACCCUGUCUCUACAAAAAAGGCAAAAAUUAGCUGGGCGUGGUGGCUUGUGCCUGUAGUGCCAGCUAUCCGGGAGGCUGAGGUGUGAGGAUCACUUGAGUUCAAGCUGACAGUAAGCUAUGAUUGCACCGCUGCACUCCAGCCUGGGUGACAAACUAAGACCCCAUCUCUCUGUCUCAAAAAAAGUGAUAUUUCGCAAAGAUGCUUAGACUCCAAGAAGCUUUUGCAUCUCCUUCCAACCCAACCACUGAGGUACUGUGUAGCCUCCUCCUUGAAUAACUGACCUGGUGAGCUGAGAUUGCGCCAUUGCAAUCCAGCCUGGGCUACAAAAGCAAAACUCCAUCUCAUUAAAAAAAAAAAAAAAAAAAAAUUGAUGGCCGGGCGCGGUGGCUCACACCAGUAAUCCCAGCACUUUGGGAGGCUGAGGCGGGCGGAUCACGAGGUCAGGAGAUCGAGACCAGCCUGGCUAACAUAGUGAAACCCCAUCUCUACUAAAAAUACAAAAAAUUAGCCAGACGUGGUAGCGGGCGCCUGUAGUCCCAGCUACUCGGGAGGCUGAGGCAGGAGAAUGGCGUGAACCCAGGAGGAGGAGGUUGCAGUGAGCCGAGAUCACAACACCGCACUCCAGCCUGGGCGACAGAGCGAGACUCCGUCUCAAAAAAAAAAAAUUAUUAUUGUACAGUGCCAGGCCUCCCUGGGUUAUAAAUCCAGUUUUUAGUAGGUCCGGUUCCUUCUGCAGGACAAAGUGAUGAUAUAGUUUGGUUGUUUGUCCUUUGCAAAUCUCAGUUUGAAAUUUGGUUCUCUGGGUCGGAGGUGGGACCUGGCAGGAGGUGUUUGAAUCAAGAGGGGGCGGACUCCUUAUAGAUGGCUUGGUGCCUUUCUUGUAGUAAUGAGUGAGUUCUUUCUCUAUUUGUUCCUGAAAGAGCUGGUUAUGAAAAAGAGGCUGGUGCCCGGGCAUGGUGGCUCACACCUGUAAUCCUCGCACUUUGGGAGGCCGAGGCGGGUGGAUUGCCUGAGCUCAUGAGUUCGAGACCAGCCUGGGCAACAUGGUGAAACCCCGUUUCUACUAAAAUACAAAAAAUUAGCCGGGUGUGGUGGCAGGUGCACCUGUAGUCCCAGCUACUCAGGAGGCUGAGGCAGCAGAAUUGCUUGAACCCGGGAGGCGGAGGCUGCAGUGAGCCAAGAUCACGCCAUUGCACUCCAGCCUGGGCAACAGAGUUAGAUUCUGUCUCCAAAAAAAAAGGUAAAAAGAAAAAGAGGCUGGUACCUCCUUCCCUGCCUCUUGCCACCUCUCCCAACAUGUAACACCAGCUCCCCUUCCUCUCCCACCAGGAGUGGAAGUUGUUGAGGUUCUCAGCAGCAGAUGCUGAAGGCACAAUUCCUGUACAGUCUGUGGAAUCAUCAGCCAAAUAAACCUGUUUUUUUUUUUUUUAAGUUGGAAUCUUGCUUUGUCGCCAGGCUGGAGUGCAGUGGCACAAUCUCUGCUCACUGCAACCUCCAUCUCCCCAGUUCAAGCAAUUCCCCUGCCUCAGCCUCCCAAGUGGCUGGGAGUACAGGCGCCCGCCACCAUUCCCGGCUACUUUUUUUUGUUUUGUUUUGUAUUUUAGUAGAGACAGGGUUUCACCCUGUUGGUCAGGCUGGUCUCGAACUCCUGACCUCGUGAUCCGCCCCCCUUGGCCUCUCCACGUGCUGGGAUGACAGGCCUGAGCCACCGCGUCCAGCCAAAUAAACCUCUCUUUAAAAUACAUCACCCAGCCUGGGGAAUCCCUUUGUAGCAAUGCAAAACAGACUAAGACGAGAUGGAAAUUCAUUUCCCUCCAUUUCCCACAUCUAGAAAAGGCUGACUUUCUUCAUUGGUGGUUGCUGUCACUCAGGCCUGCUGUUGCCUCCUCAUAUCUCACUGGACUGUGACUCUCCUGCCUCCCUCUUAUAAGGACAAUUAUUAUUAUUAUUAUUAUUAUAAAUUAUUAAUAUUAUUUGAGAUGGAGUCUCGCUCUGUCAUUCAGGCUGGAGUGCAGUGGCACGAUCUCAGCUCACUACAACCUCCACCUCCCGGGUUCGGGCAAUUCUCAUGCCUCAGCCUCUCGAGUAGCUGGGAUGACAGGCACCUGCCACCACACCUGGCUAAUUUUUGUAUUUUUAGUAGAGAUGCGGUUUCACCGUGUUGACCUGACCACAGGUGACCCACCUGCCUCAACCUCUCAAAGUGCUGGGAUUACAGGUGUGAACCACCGCACCUGUUCCUUAUAAGGACAAUUGUAAUUACAUGUCAGGCCCAUGUGGACACUCCAGAAUCAUCUCUCCAUGGCAAUAUCCCUGGAAUAAAAGUCCUCCUUCCAUAGA